GGCAAGAGUCCCCAUGAGGGGCGGGCGGGGGUCGAGAGAGGGGCUCUUCUCUGAUUUCAAACGUAGAGUUGCUGAACAGAAGAUCCUAGCAGCUCUGAGUCCUACUGAGGGGGCUGCUGUCUCUGGGCGAGCUGUGUGAAUUGAGAGAAGCACCGAGCAGCAAGCAUGUCUAAGAGUGAUCCCCGAGACAUUGAUGAGGAUGCCAUCCUCAGGGGCCUCAGCGCAGAGGAGCUGGAGCAGCUGGACAUUGAGCUGCAGGAGCUGGACCCCGAGAACACCACUCUGCCUGCCGGGUAUCGCCAGCGUGACCAGACCAAGAAGAGUCCCACAGGUCCCUUUGAUCGCUUCGCCCUCAUGGAUUACCUGGAGAAACAGGCCAUAGAGCAUAAGGACAGAGAUGACCUGGUGCCUUUUACAGGGGAGAAGAGAGGGAAAGCCUUCGUUCCUAAACCAGGCUCAGGACAAAUCCCAGCGGACGAGCAGAUCAUUCUGGAACCUGAGCUGGAGGAAGCGCUGAGAAACGCAACAGAUGCUGAAAUGUGUGACAUUGCAGCCAUCCUUGGAAUGUACACACUUAUGAGCAACAAGCAAUAUUAUGAUGCCCUGAACACCACCGGCAAGAUUGCCAACACAGAAGGCAUCAACAGUGUGGUGAAACCAGAUGCGUAUAAAAUUUAUCCCGAGGAGCCUCCCAAUGACACCAAUGUGGAGGAAACUCUCGGCUACAUCCAGAAAAAUGACAACAGGCUGCAGGAGGUCAACCUCAACAACAUCCCGGACAUUCCCAUCCCAACCCUGAAAGAGAUUUUUGAGGCUAUGAAGCGUAACACACACGUGUUGUGCCUGAGCAUCGCCGGGACACGCAGUAAUGACCCUGUGGCCUUUGCCAUAGCUGAGAUGUUACAGGUCAACAAGAACCUGCAGAGCCUAAACAUUGAGUCCAACUUCAUCACUGCACAGGGCAUGAUGGCAAUCGUCAAAGCCCUCAGGCAAAACUCCACUCUGAUUGAGAUCAAGAUCGACAACCAAAGGCAGAAACUGGGCGACUCUGUUGAAAUGGAGAUUGCAUCCAUGUUGGAGAAGAAUCCCAGCAUCAUAAAGAUUGGGUACCACUUCACUCAGCAGGGCCCGCGUGCCAGAGCCGCCAUGGCCAUCACUAGAAACAAUGACAUCCUUCGUCAGCAGAGAGUAAGAUGAGCAGAUGGAGUUCAACAUCAUCAUCAUCUUCACUGUUCUCCUACAAGCACUCCAGUAACAGCCAGGACAACUGAAAUGCCUUUAGCAUUCACCAUCAGCCAUUGUGGAUAUCAUUACCACCAGCUUCAUAAGACUUUGUUACUUUUUAUGAGUUGAGUUUCAUAAAAUCUAAAUCUCUGACCUAAUAAAAUUGACCUGCUCUUUAA